UCAGUAAGCCUUCAAAGGUGCUGAAUGCAGCAGACCUGAAGAAAGAACAGCAGUAGAAGGGUCCCUUACAGUCUAUGAAGCAAAGCCAGGCCUCUUACAGCGUCUUCAAGGAACACUACUGAGAAGAUCAUGGACUUCUCGAGUCCCAGAACUGAUGCCGUGUCAGUGGAGCCCAGUGCCAAGCUGUUUUGCUGUGGUUUUGUGAGGCGUUGCAUCCCUCUGGUGUUUAGAGAAGAGCUAUACCACAUCCUGCGCAUGACUGGACCCCUGCUUGUGUGCCGGUUCCUGAAUUUUCUCCUUUUCUUUGUGGUGACGAUGUUUUGUGGCCGCCUGGGGAACACUGUGCUAGCGGGUUAUGCCAUGGCCUCAGCUACAAUAAAUGUAACGGCUGCAGCAACGGGGUUGGGACUUGCUUUGGCAUGCGACACUUUGGUAUCACAGACAUUCGGGAGUAAGAACCUUCUCCGUGUAGGCGUCAUCCUGCAGAGAGGCAUCCUAAUUCUGACGCUCUUCAGUUUGCCCUGCUGGGCUUUGCUUGUGAACACCCAGCCUCUCCUUCUCUAUCUGGGGCAGGACCCCGAGGUGGCCAGGAUUGCACAGCUGUAUGUGGUUGCAUAUGUUCCAGCAAUUCCGGCCAUGUUUCUGUAUCAGCUGCAACUGUCAUAUCUUCAGAAUCAGGGAGUGAUCAAGCCUCAGAUGUAUGCAACUGCAGUUGCCAAUGUUGCCAAUGUGAUAGUGAACUACUUUCUGCUGUACUGGUGGGAUUUUGGAGUCUAUGGGUCUGCUGCUGCAAACAGCUUUGCUCAGGUUUUUAAUUGUUUUGCCCUGUUUUGGUUCAUCCGCUGGCAGAGGCUCCAUGAAAACACUUGGGGAGGGUGGUCUUCAGAAGCAUGGCAGGAUUGGGGGUCCUACAUGAAGCUGGCCAUUCCCAGCACACUGAUGACCUGUUUUGAAUGGUGGAUCUAUGAAGUUGGAGGCUUCUUGGCAGGAAUGCUGAGUGAGGUGGACCUGGCUGCUCAACACGUGGUUAUCAUGCUGGCGUACAUCAACUACAUGAUUCCAUUAGGAAUGCAAGGUGCGGCGUGUAUUCGUGUGGGAAACGCACUUGGUGCUGGGGAAACAGCUGCUGCCAUCCUCACCAGCAAGGUGUCUCUCAUCAGUGCAGCUUUUAUAGCAAUCUUUCAAGGUUUUGUUCUGGGCUCGACAAAAACAGUCAUUGGCUACAUAUUCACUUCCGAUGAGGCUAUAGCAGAGCUUGUGUCUCACCUACUGAACAUCUACUGCCCUCUUCAGUUCUUUAAUGGAAUACUGUGUGUUGGCAUGGGCAUUCUUCUUGGCACAGGCCAGCAGAAAAUAGCUGCUAUUGCUAACCUCUUUGGCUACUACUGCAUUGGACUCCCAUCAAGCAUUGUUCUGAUGUUCACCGCUAAAUUACAAGUUGCUGGCUUUUGGCUGGGCCUCCUCAUUGCAGUAUUUUUGCUAGCAAUUUUUUUCAUUGUGGCUAUUUUUAAAUUAAACUGGAAGAAAAUGACAGAAGAGGCAAUUGAGCGUACAGGAAAGAGUUCAAAUGGAGCGGCAAAUGGAGCAAUGACUCCGAACCAUCGCAACAGCUUCUACCAGUUUCAGAAUGAGAAUGGAUACGUGGUUGUGAGCUCUCAAGACCAGGAUGAGGGGCUCAACCAUACUGUGCUGCACGAUGGGCCAGACGUGACUCAAGUGGAGGAAAAGCCCUCAGUUCUGCUCUCUACCACUCAGCUGAUCCUCAGGAGAGGUCUGACCACCCUCGCUGCUCUUCUCAUCCUAGCUGCUGGGAUAGCUGUCCAUCUCACUGUACCUUUACCUGAGGUGUCUUAUGAUGCAGGUGCAAAUUAUACUUUGGAUUCAAACUUUACCACAGCCACUCCCAUCUAGUCCAUGAGUAUCGUUUGAAACCUGGACCUCAGAUAGAUUCACCGUGAAUAUCUCUAUGCUGUGAACAUGAGAGGUAAUGAAGAAAUUGUAUUGAAUUAGAAAAGUAGAAGCAUUUUCACAUUGAUCUAAGGCUGUAUAUUGUGACCUAGACACGAUUAUAUUUUAUUCUGUGUGCACUUGCUUUGUCCACAGCAUUAGGCCAAGUAGUAAGAAAAUCGAGCAGCUUAGCAGGAAAAGGUCUGUUCCCCAGUAACACAGUCAUAUAAUCUCUUCAGUUGACAUUUCUAGUCAGGCGGCUGGAGAAAUGCUGCCAAAAAGAAGACAUUCUUCAAAGCCGCUGUCAUAUAUUGAGAAAUCUGUAUUAUGGAAACUCGAAGCAAAUGUUGCCAAUUGCAUGCGGGACCUUCCUAAGGAAUCCUGCCGGCCUAUAUUAAGGGGCUGUUUAAACGGAACACGUUUUUGUGUUAAAAAGUGUGAGUUGCAGGCUAGCGGAAUGAAAAAAAAUAGCAUGGUCUAGAGACAUGCUUUUUAAAAGUUGAACUUCGCUUAAUUUAAGCACCACACUUUUGGAAUUACAUAUCACGUGCAAGGUCCUGUGAAAGAAACAAGGGGCUUUUCACUCAGAAUACACUUAUGUUUUCAGUUGUUUUCUGUGUAAAAAAAAUGCAAUAGAUGGGCAUGUUUCAACAUAGCAUUCUAAAAACACAGUGUUUAAGUUAAAAGAAAUUCAACUUCAUAUUUCGAUCAUCCUUUUUUCCAAUCAUAUUUUGUCCGUCCGAAAUACUAACGCUCCAUCCUAAGCCUACUAAUAUAUAUUCACAUGCCGAUAUGCAUCUCCACAGCUCUGCUGUCACAUUUUUUGUUGCUAGCUUGUUAUACUGUAUGUAAAUGUUCAAUCCACCUAUAGGCCAUUAAGAUUAACUAAUCAUAUGAAUUUUCCUGGUUAAACAGUCUGAUGUGAUUGUGACUCUGGGCUGUUUUCAGAUAAGUGUCAGGUGUGGAAGGGUAGUUCAGCUGCAGGGAGCAAAGAGUAAUAUUAGAGGGGUUAUUUCAUUUGAACUGGUAAAGUCAGUGACACAAUUUAAAUUGAACAAGACAUAUAAAAAAACACACAUGCCCUGUGCUGAGCAGUUGUUAUUAUUGUAAAAAGUUACAUUUAAUUCAUACUUUCAAACAGCUGCAAAAGAUUGCACAUAGCUGACUUAGAGCAGCUUAUCACAAAUGAAAUCCCUGGGUCUAUAAAUCAUUGUCCCAUUA